AUGAAGGUCCAAGAAUCCGUCUACAGUAUUGGAUAUCCAAUCUACGGGGCAAGAUUUCUCAACAACAAUGUGCUUUUGGUCACUGGCGGCGGUGGUGAGGGCAAUAAUGGAAUUCCAAACAAACUGACAGCUCUUCAGGUGAACUUUGAAAAACGGAAAGUUAUCAAGCGAUUUCGGGAAUUGGCGCUCGAUAGCAACGACGACUCACCCACAACAUUGGAUGCGGCCAAUAACAUCAUUUUGAUGGGCUGUAAUGAAUCCUCUGCCAAGAUCAGAGCAGGACAGCCUAACCACCAUUUGCGCAAAUACGUUUUUGAAAACGAACACUUGAAGUUCGUGGCUAGCGUCGACAUGGACCGGUCCAAAAAUGCCGAAGACUAUACGAAACUCACGUACAUGUCACAGGACGGAUCUGUAGCAGCAAUUGCGUCGUCAAAACUACCCACAGUGAUUCGAAUUUUGAAUCCAGCUCUGUUGACUGAAACGUACGAAAUUGAAACCGGAAACGACGUGAAAGACUUGCACUUUAGUCCCGAUGGCAAAGUUCUCAGCUAUAUAACGUCAUCGACUUUGGAGGUAAUUUCAAUAGUCACAGGCCGUUUCAUCGUGCGUAAAACUGAUUUUAAUGAAAACUGGACAUUGUCAAAAAUACGAUUCAUAGGCGAAGACACCGUAGUUAUUGCUGCGGCUCUAAAAAAGGGUAGUGGGAUUGUGCUUUGCAAAGUUAGUUUGAAGUCUGGCACGACCUCUGUGUUGAAAACCAAAAUCGUGACGACUAAGAUAAAAGGUGUGACUUCUAUGGACGUUGAUCCCAAAGGUCAAUUGGCCGCACUCGCUGGUAACGACAACUCUGUGUUGGUGGUUAGACUAAAGAGUCUCACGGUAGCGAAAUUUUUCAAACAGGUUCACUCUUUUGCCAUCACAAGGGUCGUUUUUUCGCCAGAUGGCAACGCCCUUGUCAGCGUUUCAGCAGCUAAUACAAUACACGCUAUUCGAGUUCCCGACAAUCUUGCAUCAUCAACGUCUUUUGUCGAAAAGGUUGUCAAACUUUUGAUCAACUUUGUUCUGAUAGUUGUAUUCGCGGCAAUACUGCAGGUUACCUACAAGUACGACCUACACCAGAGAGUAUAUCAGUUUGCCUUGACCAAGUGGAAUGCCAGAAAUGAUUCCUUCAAACUGAAUGACGAAUUUGCUCAAACAACCUUGGUAGGCGACGUGGUGAGUAUCCAAACAAAAACCAGAGGAGCGCCUACCCAUGAUGGCCCUGUGACCACACCCACAAGUUAUACUGCAACUUCUGAAAUCCUCGGUUUUUUGUCCGUCAGUGAAGUGGUUCAAAGCUCGGGAAUAGUCCAACCUUCGGCUGAUGAUUAUUUGACCUCCUCUUACUCAACCUGGGGUUCUAACAAAGACUCAGGCCAGUACUAUGAUAGUUCCACUGAAACAGAAGCUGACACAGCCGCCAGUGCUGAUCCUACAGCCUCCAGUCUUUUGAGUCCCUCCGAGACUUACCGUGAGAAGAGCAUUUCUUCAACAGCGGAGUCUGGCGUCGAAGAUCUCACGACACCAGUGAACUUGGAUGAUGAUGAGGCAUCAAAGAUAAGCACUGAGGAAGGCACAGCUUCUACCCUUGACGUUUCCUACACAGAUUCGAACACUGUCGAAAACCAGUUUCGCACUUCAAAUGUCCCCAAAGAAACUGCCGCGAAGAGCGGCAGUUCGCGCUUAACUGACAGCGAGGAUUAUUGCGAGGAAUCAAAUUACGAAUGCGCAAGCGAUACCUUGGGUUCGUCUGACAAAGACAGUGAUCUUUUAGCGUCAAGUACGAUCGCUUCUACCGCUCAUACUCACGCAUUCAGCACAAAGGAUACCGGAAGCGACUCUUUACCUUCAACUACUUCGGGUUUAUUUACAUCGUCUGAUGGAAAAGUUUCUAAGACUUCGGUGGCUAUCAGUAUUCCCCAGUACACAUCACUAUUGAGUGUCAAAGGAAGCAGCGUUUCUGACAGCGAGACAAUUGGUUUGUCACAGCCUGCUUCACAAACUUCAACGAGAGUAGGUGAGACUCGUGAGGCUUUCAUGACAGUUGGCACCACCAGCGAGAACAACUCAAUAUUACAAAAAUCCACUGCCAUACAAGGCAAAGCCAUCUCAAUCUCAUUCAGUGAUGUGUCUCAGGCACGUAAAUCGUCCUCGAGCCAAACUUCAGCGGCACCGGUCUCGAUUUUUGCUAAGAGUACCCAAUUGGCCGCAUCCUCAAAUGUCGCGGAUGCAGAAUCGACACAGGAAACAAAUAGCGAGGUGAAAUCCGCGAAGGCCGGAAUUUUAACCUCCAAAAGAGGACAGCAAACGGAGAAUCUGAACACAGUUGAAUCAACUUUUGGAAAGGGUCCGGGAGAAAAAUCAGUAGUGCCAUCUGAAAAUGCCUCGACAUUUUCUCAGGGCCAGAAAUUGACGUCUUCAGACACGACUUCAAUCGCGGUUCCAGAAGAUACUGAAAGAUCUGUUGGGAGCGAUCUAGUCUCGGAAGCUACACUCCCUCCAAAGACAAAGAGUACUGCCCUAACGUCAUCAUGGGAGAAGCAAUCUACAUCUUCUGCCGCUGUACAUGUUUCUAGUGCGGUGCCUGAUGAUUUUGAACAGAACUAUACUCCAGACGUCUCUGUAAUAGCCGACGAUGGCAGUACCACUGCAGGUGUUACCCCAGAUGCUGCAUCUCUUUAUGUCGAUGAACCUGCGCCAAUUGAUGAAGUGGAUCCUAUACCUGAAGCUACUGCCGAAGCUCAGAACGCGAACGAAGAGUCCUCACUUGGCGAGCACACUACACAUCUUGCAGCUGCCGAUACAGAUUUUGCUGCAAAACAUUCAAAGGAAGAUAAACUGCUAGAACACGAUGAACUUUAA